AUGUCACCAGCUAGUACAAAUCCAAGUCCAUUAAACACCAACACUCAAGGAACUGAAGGUGGUAAAAUAUUUACUAAUUCAAAUGGUUGCCCAAUUCCUGAACCCUUUGCAACCCAAAGAGUGGGAAAAUUCGGUCCUUUAUUAUUACAAGAUUUCAAUUUAAUUGAUUCCUUGGCUCACUUCGAUAGAGAAAGAAUUCCAGAAAGAGUUGUUCAUGCCAAAGGUUCAGGUGCUUUUGGAGAAUUCGAAGUUACUGAUGAUAUCACUGAUGUUUGUGGGGCAUCAUUCUUAGACACAAUUGGUAAAAAAACUAAAGUAUUCACCAGAUUUUCCACCGUUGGUGGUGAAAGUGGUAGUGCUGAUAGUGCCAGAGAUCCAAGAGGUUUUGCAACCAAAUUUUAUACUGAAGACGGUAAUUUAGAUUUGGUUUAUAACAACACUCCAGUUUUCUUCAUUAGAGACCCUUCCAAAUUCCCUCAUUUCAUCCAUACUCAAAAGAGAAACCCCCAAACCCACUUGAAAGAUCCUAACAUGUUCUGGGACUAUUUGGUUUCCAAUCCUGAAUCAGCUCAUCAAGUAGCUAUCUUAUUCAGUGAUCGUGGUACUCCUGCAAGUUACAGAGAAAUGAAUGGUUACUCAGGUCAUACCUAUAAAUGGUCCAACAAACAAGGAGAAUGGCAUUACGUUCAAGUCCACUUCAUUUCAGACCAAGGAAAUAAAACUUUGACUAACGAAGAAGCCGGAGAAUUAGCUGGUUCUAACCCUGAUUUUGCUCAAGAAGAUUUAUUCCAAAAUAUUGAAGAUGGUAAUUUUCCUUCUUGGACUUGUUACAUUCAAACCAUGACUCAAGAAGAAGCUAAAAAAGCUCCAUUUUCAGUGUUCGAUUUGACUAAAGUCUGGCCACAUAGUGAUUAUCCUAUGAGAAAAUUCGGUAAAUUGACUUUGAACAAAAAUCCUGCUAACUACUUCGCCGAUGUCGAACAAGCUGCUUUUGCUCCUUCUCAUACUGUUCCUUAUAUGGAACCAUCAGCUGAUCCUGUCUUACAAAGUAGAUUAUUUUCCUAUAAUGAUACUCAUAGACAUAGAUUGGGAACUAAUUAUACUCAAAUUCCAGUCAAUUGCCCAAUUACUGGUAAAGUGUUUAACCCUCAUAUGAGAGACGGUGCUAUGAAUGUCGAUGGUAAUUUGGGAGCUUUCCCCAACUACUUGGAUUCUACCAAAGAAAUCAAUUUCAAAGAAUUUAGUUUACAAGAGGAUCAAGAAGUAUGGGAAGGUGCAGCUUGUCCAUUCCAUUGGAAAGCCACUGAAAGUGAAUUCGAACAACCAAGAAGAUUGUAUGAAGUAUUAGCUAAAUAUCCUAACGGUCAAAAGAAUUUGGGUCAUAAUGUUGCUACCCAUGUAUCAGCAGCAAGACCAGAUAUUCAAGACAGAGUCUUUGAAUAUUUCAGUAAGAUUCAUCCUGACUUAGGAGCUGCCAUCAAAAAAGAGACCUUAAAGUUAUCACCAAGAUAA